AUGUUCUCCCCAGAGGCUUCAAUGCAGAGUGUGCGCAGCUCGCAACGAAACCCGCGUCGGCGCCCGCGCAACUCGACUGAACCGCAACAACAGCAGCCCCGACGGAAGCGUAGCAAGUUGGGCGAUGAGACUUUUGUGUCCGUGGGAGACGAACCAUUCGACGAUAAUGGCAAGGGGAUUAUGAGUUCAAAUGGGCAUGCAAGCCACGGCAGCGUCGAGUCGAGCUUGGUGUUGUUAGACAUGCCGGUUCGCGAAAAGAAGGGAGCUGUGAAGCGCGUAUUCAAGGAAGACAUCGCUUUAUAUCUGAAUAAAUGCGAAAAUUACAGCGUCAAGAGGCUGCCUAGCUUCCCGUCAGCCCUCGCCGGCGGAUCCACUCCAUUUCGCGCUUCUGCUCUACCUGUAGCUGGCCUCGCGCUCGCGUUAACGUCCGACCAAGCGCUCGUAUGGGACUACGCCGGUGCGACUGGCGUCUCCAAGAUCCUCGCUCUCCCCCUACCACCCGCUUUGAAGUCCAUCGAGCCUCUACCACUGGGGCAAAUCGUACGCAAUGGUCCGACAAACGACUUUGGUGUCGUUGCUGUCGCACCAUCCACCGGAAAGAUCGUGUUCUGGGAGAACAUCGACAGCGCCGAGACACGCAGCCUCUUUACUCAGCGCAGGCAGGGCAUAGAAGGUGCAUUGAAACUUUACUCUGGAGAACGAAUCACAAAUAUCGUGGACGUGGAUCAUGCGGGUUAUAUCCUCGUCUUGAGCAGCGGUAGACUUGCGCAACUCACGCUGAGGGAUGCUCAAGGUCGACCGAGCAUCACCACCAACGUGCUCAACAGUCCCAACGGGUCCUCCGGCAGCUUGUUCAGCUUAAAAGGCCUACUCGGCGGCGCCAUUCGGAAGACGAUCGCAUCAGUAAAGGCACAUCCAUCCGAAUCCAAAGGUCAAAUGGAAGUCAUCGCCGCCACUAGGAACGGACUGUUCCAAUUAUGGGACUUGAGUUGGUCCGGGCAGCAGAUUUUCAAGCGCGAAAUCGAUGCGCGAGAGAAGAUACUGGGCACGGUACAACAAGGGAGCCCGCCAGAGAUGCGCGGGCAACAAGACAUUCAGAUUUUGGAUUUCUCAGUCCGAGGUCGUUCCCAAGAACCCGGUGUGACGGAUGUACUGGUUCUUGUGACACUUUCUGGACACAACAUGUUGGAUCAUUUCCUCUUGGAGGUGGACAUAACGGAAGAAAAUGCGAUAGUCAGCCUCGCGAUUCCGUUAAGCAACUACCACCCAGCGCAACUACCAAAAGAAUCCACCGGAACGCUCCUCUUGCCUGAGCCUGGCCAUACUGCACUCGUACAAUUUCCAGAUGCUGUAGUUGUAGCUUCGCUUGCCCAACCGGAGGAAAGCCCGGAAGCCCAACUUGUCGCCGACUCUGGCGUACCCGUCCUACCAUACCAAGAUUGUAUCUACUUCAAAUCUGACGCCCAUGUGCAAUCCGUAGGACACGCUUUGGAGCCAGCCGGACGAAAGAACCAAACCAGCAGUGCCAUAGUCUUCAUCCAAGACUUUGGUAUCCUUCAGGUAAACGCCUACGGCGACGAGUCAAAGGCACGUUCCAAAGUUAGUGCUAGGAGCAAACUACAGCAAGCGACCUUUUUCAGUACGGUGCCUGGAACGAUUCUGGACUUUGCUACUAAGGGAAGGUACUCUUUCAGCCAGAGUGCAGUAGAAAGCGCCGCAAUCAGGAUUAGCCAAGGUGUCUUGGCUUCAGCCUUUGAACAGCUCGAAGGGAAUUCGUUGAUGUUGGAAGAUCAGCUUCGCAAGCGAGCCCUUGCUCUCCAAACGUUGAAUUCACAUCUACGAACACAGUUCCCCGAUUUGUCCUUCUUGGGUAGGUGGCAAUUGUUGUGGCAUGCUGAGAAGCUUGCUGCUGCCAUAAACAUCUGGGAUUGGUACCAGAAGCAGCUGCGGAAACAAGAGACACAUCCCGACCUUUUUCCCGAGAGGAACAUCAUGGUUGACAUUAUCAAGGCGCUGCACGAAAAGUUUAAGACACCGAUCGAUGAGAGCAAGGGCGAGAAGGACCCGGUUCGGCAAUUUUUCCUCAAAGAUAUCGAAUCGCUAGACAUUCUGCUACCUUGGACAUGGAAUUAUUUCAGGCUCUUUUAUAUCGCUCCAGAUCCUGACGAGGUCAUGCUUACUGCUUUCGAGACGGCCUUUAGCUUUCGAAAGGAGAACAUUGAGCAGUACGGCCUGGAUGCGGAGUCCCUGGACAGCGAUGGCAUCUUGCGACCAGGGCAGGGUUAUGACAAGAUCCCACAGAACGUUUGGACCUCCACUCACAACCUCACGGCUUCCGUUCGGAGCAUCGUGGAUGCAGGUCGCAAAUAUGCAGAUGACUGCUACGAGAAACGCGAGGAAGAAGCUGUUGCCGGGGAGGUUGCCCAACACAAUCCGCGCCUGGUACGGAUAAGCUGCCAAACUCAUAUCGAACGCUUCCGAUGGGCGCUCGAUCAGAGCGAGAAGAAGCGGUCGACAGGCAUGAGCUUAAGGGAUGAGUGGAAUACAAACGUUCGGCCGAAGCAGAUCUAUCACCUAGCGGGCAUCGGUCUGGCUACGGAAGGUAUGAAUCUUGCCGAGCACUAUCACGAUAUGCCGACUUUGGUGGACCUUGUUUGGGAGGAGACAUUGUAUCUCGAGGAAGCAAAGGCCGAAAAUCAUAGCAAGAUGAUGGAAACUGAAAUCAACUUGAAGCUUCAACGGAUUAAGGACCGUGUGGCUUCUUGCUUCAAGCGAUACAACGAACAGUUUGCCGAUGCAUAUUUCUCGAAGUAUAUCGCCAUGGGACAAUCAGGACUACUAUUAAAAAAGGCACGGGAGGAAGACGAGGACUUACAGAAGUCACUUUCAAAGUUUUUGGGUGCUGACCCUUCGCGGUCUAAGCUGAGCUGGAUCAACAACAUCUGUGGCGAUGAUUCAUACAGCAUGGCCGCAACGGAUCUACAAAGUGCUAGUCAGCAAGAGUCCAAUAGCUGGUGUAAUACUGUGGAGUUGUCCAUAGCCAAGCUAUCCGCACUCGCGCAGCAAGAACAGGACGCCGAAGAUUUCGAGUCGGAUUUGACAAGCGAGAGCAGGCGCGCGAAGCUCCACAAGAGCCUCCAGAAAGGCCAGAAGUUCCAGUAUCAAAUCGAAAACGACCUGGAAGUGGCAAGUAUCCAAGCUCAGCUCUACGAAUAUGUCCACCCUACCAUCAUCGCAGCAAUGGACGACGAAUCUGCUGUGCAACUGCUUAUGACCGAAUACGGGCAAGGACGCCUAUCCGAGCGACCUACUCUCCAGCGUCUUCUCCAACAAGGGUUCGAACAACUAGUUCAACAUCAAGUGCUGGAGCCAUGCCUGUUCAUCGACGUUUUGACUCUGAUGAACUUCAAUGAUGCGACUGAUGCCGAUGCCGAGGCGUGGAAUCCCUUCGCGCUGGCUCUGAGGUUCCUUGCCAUGAACAAUCUUCAGCGAACAGUUGGUAAAGGCCUACCUGGCUUAAUUUGGAAGAGAGUUCUGCUACAGGAUGACUGGGCCGAAAUCGACCGAACCCAGAAUCUGUCAGGCGAGUCAAUGACCGAAUAUCUUGGCCAAACCAUUGCGGGAUCAACUAUCAGGACAUUGACUGAGUGGACACUACACGAUGAGGCAGGGAUAUUCCGGAAUGUUCGACCUCGACGAGUACGUGACAUGUUUGGCUCGGGCUGCACCGACGGUGAAUUUUGUCUGCGGUUUCCCGAGGAAGAUCUACGGAGACCUAUCAUCCAGGACAACCUGUCGGACGAAAACAUCCUUGACGAGCUUAUUGAAAAGCACCGCUUGGAAGAAUGGUUUGAUAGAACUGUAGCGGCGGGAACGUCCCUCGCUCACGCAGAACAUGAAUAUGGUGAGCGCGAUCCGAUCCUGCAGGAACCGACCGGGGCAGAGCCGAUAUCCGAGGGUGUGGAGCCGGUAGUCGGAGCGUUGGGCACUGCAGAGCAACGCGAACAGGACGUGGAUCGAGAUGUGGAGAUGCAGGGUUCGUAG